UUUUACAACAUUACUUCUGUUUUCUUCAGCCGCAAGAUGGCCGCCAGAACAGCCGAGUAUGAAGAACAAUUGGAAAGUUUAUUGAACAAAUGUAGCAGUCUCGAGAAGCAGAAGGCUAGAUUGCAGAGUGAGGUUGAAGUCUUGGUGAUGGACUUGGAGAAAGCCACAACUCAUGCUCAGAACCUUGAAAGACGUGUGUCCCAGCUGGAAAAACUCAAUCUUGAACUCAAGAGCAAGAAUGAAGAGUUGGUUGCUUCACUGGAACACACCCAGAGGGAGCUAAGAAACAAGAUGGCUGACCUCCAGAAGCUCCAGCACGAGUACGAGAAACUUCACGAGCAGAAGGAAGCUUUAGUAAGGGAAAACAAGAAAUUGAACGGUAAG